AACAAGAUGUGAGACUUUGAAAGUAACAUAGUUGGCCAUGAGGGGAUGACCCCUUCCAAAUGUGUUUUAACAAGGCUAAAACUUUAAAGGUCGUUACAGAUAAUUGGUAAUUACAGAAUCAUUAAUGUAAAUUAAGGUAAUUAGAGAAAUCAUUAAUGAAGCUCUCAUUUGCCUGGUGUUUCAAGGGAGAUGUGCACCUCUUUUUCUCUCUUUGGAUUGAUUCAUGUUCAGUAUAAUGUUUCCUGUGCAGCUUCCAGACCUCCUCCUCCUCUUCUACUUCCUCACUGGCAGUGCCCCUUCCUAUUUUCUCUGCAGCUCUUGUUUUCACCCCUUGUACCUGAUCAAGUGAUGUAACAAUUCUUCUAGUUAACACAGAAGCCUUUUAUCCUGGGAUCAGGUUUUUGGACUUCUGUGGGCCAUCUGAAAAUGUAUCAAAACAAGCUAAAAGGUGGGAAUGUUGACCAUAGUGUGGUGUCUAAAUAUAUUACAGCUUGUUGUCUGUUACAUGAAGAAUUAGAGAAGAAUCAGUAAGAGAGCUUAACUAUGCUUAUCUUUGAGUGAGAAGCCAAGGAUGCUUCAUUCUAACCUGCCUCUCCCAGAUACUUGUUCAAGACAUGUUGGCAUCUUUUUUUUGGUCAUUGUUUGCACCUGAUGGAUGGACUUUCUCCAUUCUCUGGGCAUCUUCAAAAGUCUCCAGAGUCACAGAGCAUGAAGCUUCAUCCUUGCCUAUUUCUAUGAGUGUGGUUUCAUUCAUUUUCAUGGCCUUAGGAAUACUAUUUAUACGCUGAUGAGCCCCAAAUUUCUGUCUCCAGCCCAGACCUUCUUUUAUCCACACACAUUCGCCUAGAUAUUUCAUUUCUGCACUUGGAGAUCUAAUAACUACUUCAAACGUCAUGUCACUCUUGGUUCCUCUUCUCACUUACACCACAAAUCCAGUCCAUUAGCAAGUGUAGUCUGUACUUUCUCCAUAUUAUAUCUGGGGGUCAUCCACUCCUUUCUAUAACUAUUGUUUCACCCAAGCCCCACAUCCAUUGUCUCUUGCCAAAGUUAUCAUAGUUUUCUUGAGAAUGCUCUCACUUCUUUACUCUUGCUUCUCUCUAUUCUCCAUAUAAUAGCCAGAUUUCUUGGUCUUUUUUUAUUAUUUAUUUUUAAAAAGUAAUAGAAGUCAGUUUUUCCAUCCUCUCACCCCCAAAAUUCAUGAAGACUAAAACAAACUUUAGAAACAUGCAGAUUUAUAACGAUAUCAGGUUCUGACAAUUAUCUGGGUAUGGAAGAUAAUUAAACCAUCAUAUGGAAAAAACAGUCUUCUGAGUUGGAGAAAAGAGGGAAGAUCUAAAGUAUAAUCCAAAAAAAUGCUGUUUGCCAUAGCAGGUCUUUACCAAUUUUCCCAAGCACAGUCCACAAUCCUAAAAAUAAUAUUUAUGUCACAAUACUUAAGACCUUGUUAGUGUGAUAACUGAUAUAUAUACACACAGGAUUAACUUCUUAAAGUGAAAAUCAGGACAUGUCAUCUCUCUCCCACUAUUACCUUGAAUGGCAUCCUGUUACUAUUAGUAUAAUAUCCAAAUUCCUCCUACAUGUGAGCAUUUCCUGACUCCUGCCUAAAUUUUUGCUUACCUUUUUAUGUAAAAAAAAAAUUUUUUUUUAAGAUUUUAUUUAUUUUUAUUUGAGAGAGAGAGAAUGAAAGACAGAGAGCACGAGAGGGAAGAGGGCAGAGGGAGAAGCAGACCCCCCGCCGAGCAGGGAGCCCGAUGCGGGACUCGAUCCCAGGACUCCAGGAUCAUGACCUGAGCCGAAGGCAGUCGCUUAACCAACUGAGCCACCCAGGCGCCCUUUAUGUAAAAAUCUUUUGAAGUAUAACAUACACACACAAAAAUAUAUAGAUACAAGGGUACAGCUCAGUUAAUUUUUACAGUCAGUAUGCUGUGUAACCAGCACUAGAUCAAUAGUACCAGAGUACUGCGCAGGAUACCAUUGUGUGAAUAUGAAACAAAUUAUCCCUUCUGCAUUCAGGCUGUUACAAGUUAUACUCCUACAUAUCUUUACAUAAAGGUUCUUUAUAUUCUUCUCCCUUUGAAAAUGUUAUUUCUGAAUAGUUUAGACUUAGUGAGAAAUCCCAAAAUUAAACACAGAUUUCUUACGUAUUCUUUUUUUUUUUUUAAAGGUUUUAUUCAUUUAUUUGAGAGAGAGGGAGAAUGAGGGGGGUGAGGGGCAGAGGGAGAAACAGACUCCCCGCGGAGCACAGCACCUGACUCAGGGCUCACUCCCAGGAUCCUGAGAUCAUCACCUGAGCCAAAGACAGAUGCUUAAUCGACUGAGCCACCCAGGCACCCCUUACAUAUUCUUUUUGUGGAUUUCCCUAAGUGGUAAUAUUUUACCACAUUUGCGUUAUCACAGUCUAUCCACCUAUUAUUCCAUUCACACACAUACACACAUCCUGUUUUUCUGAACUCUUUAUCCCUAAAUACUUAAGUGUGUAUUUCCUAGAAACAAGUUAAUUUUUUCAAGUGACCAAAAUUAAAAAAAAAAUCAAAAUCAGAAUAUUGAUAUCGAUACAGAACUAUUACCCAAUCUACAGAGCUUACUCAAAUUUUACUGAUUGUCUCAUUAAUAUUUUUUUAUAGUAAAUGGAAAAAAAUAUGUUUCUGGACCUUUCCUUAUUAUCUUGCUCAUUCUAUUGUGGGUACACUGGCUUUCACUCAAAAGUCAGAGCUCACUAAUUAUGACCCAAAUCCUUUAGGUAAGAAACCAUAUGGAUGCAAUAAAUGUGCAGUGAAUGCUUAUGAACCACUCAUGACCGUACUUCAGAGAACUCAUGCAGGAAAGAAAUCCCAUGAAUGCUGUGAUUGUAGGAAAGCCUUUCCCAGUAAGUUAAAGCUAAUUACUCAUCAACAGACUCACACAGGGGACAGAUCAUUUGGGUGCAGUCAAUGUCAAAAAGGCUUCAUUACAAAGUCAGCACUCAUCUGUCAUCAGAAAACUCAUCAUAGAGAAGGGAAAUCCUAUACAUGCAGUAAAUGUGGGAAAGCUUUUCCUUGGAAGUCAAAACUCACUUUACAUCAGAGAACUCAUUCAGGAGAGAGACCUUUCAGAUGCAGAGUAUGUGAUAAAGCCUUCAUGGUUCAGACACAUCUGACGGUACAUCAGAGAACUCACACAGGAGAGAAACCAUAUGAAUGCUCGGAUUGUGAGAAAGCCUUCUCAAAAAAGGCUCAGCUCAUAAUCCAUCAGUGAAUUCACACAGGAGAGAGACCAUAUGGAUGUAGUCAAUGUCAAAAAGCAUUCAUUACAAAGUCAGCACUCAUCUAUCAUCAGAAAACUCGUCAUAGAGAAGGGAAAUCCUAUACAUGCAGUAAAUGCAGGAAGGCUUUUCCUUGGAAGUCAAAACUCACUUUACAUCAGAGAACUCAUUCAGGAGAGAGACCUUUCAGAUGCAAAGUAUGUGAUAAAGCCUUCAUGGUUCGGACACAUCUCACUGUGCAUCAGAGAACUCACACAGGAGAGAAACCAUAUGAAUGCUCGGAUUGUGAGAAAGCUUUCUCAAAAAAGGCUCAACUCAUGAUUCAUCAGCUAAUUCACACAGGAGAGAGACCAUAUGGAUGUAGUCAAUGUCAGCAAGCCUUCAUCCAGAAGUCAGAUCUUACUAAUCAUAAGAAAACUCAGCAUGCAGUUGGGAAAUCUCAUGGAUGCAGUGAAUGUGGGAAGGUUUUGUCCUCUCAGUCAACUCUCAUUAUACAUCAGAGAACCCAUACAGGUGAGAAGCCCUUCAAAUGCAGUGUAUGUGAUAAAGCUUUCACAUCAAAGGCACAUCUUAUUGUCCAUCAGAGAAUUCAUACAGGAGAGAAACCAUAUGAAUGUUCAGAUUGUGAGAAAGCCUUCUCCACUAAGGCACAUCUUAUGAUUCAUCAGCGAAUUCACACAGGAGAGAGACCAUAUGGAUGCUAUGAAUGUCAACAGGCUUUCAUCCAGAAGUCAGGUCUCACUAGCCAUUUGCAAAAUUGUCAUGCGAGAGUGAAAUCUCAUGGAUGCAGUGAAUGUGGAAAGGUUUUGUCCUGUAAAUCAACUCUCAUUAUACAUCAGAGAACCCAUACAGGUGAGAAGCCUUUCAAAUGUGGUGUAUGUAAUAAAGCCUUUACAGCUAAAUCCUAUCUCACUGUACAUCAGAGAAUCCAUACAGGAGAGAAACGAUAUGAAUGCUGUGAUUGUAAGAAAGCAUUUGCUACUUUGUCAACUCUCAUUGGUCACUGGAGAACUCACACAGGAGAGAGGCCCUAUGGAUGCAAUGAAUGUCAAAAAGCCUUCUUUCGGAAGUCAGCUCUUACUAAUCAUCAGCAAACUCGUCAUAGAGGAAAAUUCUCUAUGCAAUGACUGUAGAAAUGUGAGAAAUAGUUUUUGAAUAGUCCUAUCUGUUCAGAGAACUCAUGUAAAAUAGAAAUGCCAUGAAUGCUGUGAUUAUAGUAGACCUUUCUGGAACUUCUAUAGGAAAUAAACCUUAUAGAUGCAAUGAAAGUUGUAAGCCUUUCAUCUGAAGACUCCUCCCAGUAUACCACAGGGAUCUCGCCAAAAGAGAGCAACAUUGUAAAUGCAGUGAUUGUCAAAAAUUUCAUUUGAAAGUCACAGGCUAUGCGUUUAGGAGGCAACACCUGUGAAUGCAGUGAAAGUGGGAAAUCAUUCUUUUCAAAUCACAUUUGUUAUACAUUAGGGUAUUCAUUAAGGGAGGGACCCUGCCGUUGCAGUAAGUGCAGAAAAGCCAAGAAAAAUCACAUCUCAUUGUACAUAAAAAUUUCAUGAAUUUUGUGAUAAUGAUAGCAUUCUCCAGAAAGUCAAAACUCUUUGACCAUCUUGUACAGGAGAGAGAUCCUGCAGAUGCUAUGAAUGUGGUACAGUCUUCCCAAUUAAUGCAUAUCUUCCUUACAUCAGCAAACUCAAGUAGGAGGAAACCCCUAUUUAGUGUAGUAAACGUAGUAAAGCCUUCAUCUACAUGUCAAAGCCACUAAUUAUCUGCAAAAUCAUAUAAUAGGUAAAUCCUUUGGCCACAAAACUCAUCGCAUAUCAAGAAAGAAAUGUCAUUAAUUGCAGUGAUUAUCUACAAUGCUUUAUUUACAAUUCAGAGCCUUUUAAAGUAAUUUCAUAUUUUAUUGAACAGAUUGUUUCAUGUUUUCUGAAAUGUAAAACAAAAAUAGGACUUUAAGAAUGUAGAAUAGUAAAGGGGGUGAAGUAUAUUCACACAUUUAGUGAGCUGGAAACUAGAAAGGUAUAUAAUACUCUGAGUUGGAAUCAGAGGGAAAACCUGUUCAGGACUGAAGGGAGGUCCUUGGUUUCUUAUUACAAAAAUCUCCCAUUGACUAAAGGCCAUACAAAUAAAAAUGUCAGUUUAUGAAAAAAACUCCGAAUUGCAUAAAACCCCAUUUGGCAAGAGAAAUGGCCAGGGUAAAAGGAUGUGGGCUCUGGGGGCAGCUAGUCUGCAACAGGGAUGUGGAGGGAGGACGCAGCUCACGUCCAGGACCUGUAGGUAGGAGCAGGCUGGGAAGAAGUCCAGAGGCAGAGGUUAGUGCACUCACCCAAAGCCCUUGCUUUCCAGUCAGAGUUUCUAGGAUGCUGAUGCUUUCCUCAAACAAGGUACAAUUCGGAGCUUUUAAUUGCUCUCUAAUUCACGUAGCAGAGAGAUCCUAUUCUCAGAUAAGGGAACAAUUUCUAGGUUCAGUAAAGUUAUAAAAUCCUUAAGGAAUCAUAUCAUAUAGAAAUAUAGUGAUUAUAGUCACUAAAAAUGCUUUCUAUGGAGGAUUUGAUGUCAUUAAACAUCAUAAGCUCUUUAAAAAAAAUAGAAAUUGCUCUACACAGAGCAGUGAAUGUGGCAAAAGCAUCAGUGAUUAAUUAUGUUUUAUUUUUGUAUUUCUGGAUUUAUUUCUUCACAUCUGACCAUAUCUUCAAUUGUGAUGCAUGUUAUAGUCAAUGGAAUGUCCUCAUUUAGUUGUUACAGCUUUUCUACAUUUGAUGGCAUUUUAGAUCUGGGCAAUUAGCUAAACUUGGAAACCAUGUAUAGAAUGAAAUUAUUUUGUAAGGGCUUAACAUAAUUGUUUUAGAAAGGAUUCCAGAGAAUAUUCUACCAAAAAUAUUAGACAUUUUCCCUGCAAAUAUGAUGCCGUUUGAAUAUAUAAAAAAAUAAUAAGUUGACUAGUGACAAAGGUUUGUAGGGGUUAUAUUGUAGACUAUACUAUAUGACAUGGACUUUAUGUAUUUGACUUUAUUAUUUUUUGGAAUUACAUGAAGGAACAUAAUUUUUAGGGUUUAAUAAAUUCUCAGCAUAGACAUAGAACAUUAUGUAAUAAAAUCUCAUGUAAAUAGGAAUGUUCUAUUUCCUUAUAAAUCAGAAUAUCUUGUAAUAUAUAAUUUAACUCAAUAAGAAUUCUAAAGAAUUAGACUGUAAGUUUGCUCUCCUUAUUUUUGCUGUCUUUCAUAGUGUUUCUGCCAAGUGUGAUGAACUAUUACUACUUGAAACCUCCAGUAUUCUAGAGCCUUAUUUCUUAGAUAUCCAAAAGUGAUAAAAGAUUUACAUGGAAUAUUAAAAACUAAGCAACGUAUGAGAUGAAGGGGGUUGAAAAGACUUGUGUUCAUGUAUAGUUAUUGCAAGUGCUGUAUAAUGCAGGAACUUUGGAUUUAUUAUGAAAACAUGUCCUUGGGCACUAGAAACAUUUUCUCUCUUAGCAUUUCCUAAAAUGCCCAGUAUUUACUAAUAUUAAGGACAACAUCGCAGAAAUUGGAAUUCUUGAACAUAGCUGGAAUGGAAAGUGGUUCAGUUGCUGUGGAAAACAAUUUGGCAGUUCCUUUAAAAAGUUAGCUAUAGAAUUACUAAAUGACCCCGGAAUUCCACUCCCAGCUAAAUAUUCAACAAAACUGAAAGCAGGUACUUCAGUACUUCUACAUGAAUGUUCACAGCAGCACUGUUCACAAUAACCAAAAGGUGGAAAUAAUCCAAGUGUCCUGGGGCGCCUGGGUGACUCAGUUGGUUAAGCAACUGCCUUCGGCUCAGGUCAUGAUCCCAGGGUCCUGGGAUUGAGUCCCGCAUCGGGCUCCCUGCUCGGCAGGGAGUCUGCUUCUCCCUCUGACCCUCCCCCCUCUCAUGCUCUCUCUCUAUCUCAUUCUCUCUCAAAUAAACAAAAUCUUAAAAAAUAAAUAAAUAAAUAAAUAAAAUCUUAAAAAAAAAAAAAAGAAAUAAUCCAAGUGUCCACCAGUGGAUGAAUGGAUAAACAAAAUGUGGUAUGUGUAUGUAUAUACAUGUAUACACAUACGUAUACAUAAUGGAAUAUUGAUUACCCAUACAAGGGAAGUGUUGUUGAAUGUUAUAACAUAAGCCUCAGAAACAUGGUAAGUGAAAGAAGUCCGACACAAAGGACCAUAUAUUGUGUGAAAUGUGCAGAAUAGGUAAAUCUAUAGAGACAGACGGCAAAUUGGUGGAUUCUAGGGCCUGAGGAGAAGAGAGCAUGGAGACUGAUUGAUUAAUGGUUAUGGAUUUAUUUGUUUUUUUAGAAUGAUGAAAAUGGGAACUAGGUAGAGGUGGUAGUUGCAUGACAUUGUGAAUAUAGUAAAUAUCACUGGACUGUAUACUCUGAAAUGCUAAUUUUAUAUUAUGUGUAUUUUUACAUCAAUAAAAAAUAUACUUGAAAAAAGUACUAUUGCAAAAAUUGUUGAUUUUUAUCUGUAUCUUGAGUGCCAGGGUUCUUGCAAUGAUAAUGUAAGAUUAAAUGAUAAAAAUAUUAAUGAUAAUUAAUGAAAAAAUAACUGCUUAGCAAAACAGAUGUAAAUAUAUCUUCUUCAACUUAAUAGAUAUUAGCUACCAAAGCUUGACAGCUAACUUCACGUUGAAUGAUAAAACUUGAGAGAUGUUCCCUAGUUGUUUGGCAGUGAGGUCUGCUGCAACUUCUCUCCUGAGCUGGAGAGACUUUCCCAGAUGUUGUAUUCAUGGGAAUCAUGACUGGGGCCAAUGUUUAUAUGGUACUUCUCCUACAUGGACACCACCAUAGAGUGAGGGAUAUUCACACCCUCAGAAAUGCCCACAAAUUCUCUCCAGAGGCAAAAGCCACUGAAACAAUCCUGCUUCUAGCGAGCAUCUUCAUUUUUUUCUUUACUUCACCAAUUCUGU